AUGGAGGUCGAUGCAAUGUCAUUGCAAUGGAACAGAUGGCCAUCGUUCAUUCAUGCGCCAAUUAUAAUGCUUCCCCGCAUUCUGAAGAAGAUACGAGAAGAUCAGGCAACCUGUCUACUCAUUGCCCCGAACUGGCCGGGCCAGACAUGGUAUCCGCUAAACAUGGUCGGUGUUUACAAAUCAUGCAUAUCUCAACUACAUGAUCCAAUAGAUGGACAACCACUGGGAAAUCUUCCGCUCUUAUCCCGUUUCAUGAAAGGUGUCUUUGAACUUCGUCCACCAACACCCAAGAUAUGCGUAACCUGGUCAGUUGGGACAUUAUUAGAGCAUUUAAAGAAUAUGGCACCAAACAAAAACCUCUCACUUAAAGAGUUGACUCUUAAAACGACCAUCCUGUUGGCGCUUACGUCUUCAGCCAAGGCUCACGAACUCGCAGCAUUGCACUUGGAUUAUGUAUACCAAAAGGAGAACGGUUGGGAGUUUGUAAUACUUAAACAUGUAAAGAAUUAUCGACCGAAUCACCCAGCAAGAAAGAUUUAUCUUCCAUCCUUACCAGAAAACCAAAAGAUUUGUGUCAUUGAGAGUCUGAAACAGUACGUUAAUCGAACAGCUCGUAUUCGCAAGGACCAGCAUCUACUCGUGUCGUAUACCUCGCCACACUCGGCUAUUGGAAGUCAGACUGUAUCACGCUGGAUACGCACUGUAUUGUCCAAUGCAGGUAUUGAUGCUCAGUACACGGGUCAUUCUACGCGAGCUGCGGCAACAUCAAUGGCUGCCGAGAGCGUUGUUCCUCUUGAGGAUAUCAUAGCUGCUGCUGACUGGUCUUCAGCAACAACGUUCGAGAGAUUUUACCAAAAGGCUAUCUCAAAGGAUAAGUUUGUUAAAAGUGUUUUGGCCCCGGACGUACAAAAAUGGCAUUACUGUUUGCAUUCCAAGAUACAUUAG